AUGGCGGUUGCGAGGACCGCGCCCGAACACCUAGGACCAGAACGCGCGGCGAACGAGGCGCAGACGGACGAGAAUGAACAGAAAGGUGUCGAUUACUGGCUCCGCGACUUCUGCGAUGCGGGUGCUGCCGCGUACACCGGAUACAUCGAUAUCGAGGCGCGGCACCUCUUCUUCUACUUCUUCGAGAGCCGGCGCGACCCCGGGAGGGACGACGUCGUGUUCUGGACGAGCGGCGGUGCGCCCGCGUCGCUUGCUCUCCGCAGGGGCUGUGUGGUAGGCCCCGGGUGCUCCGCCGCGCUGGGCCUGUUCAUGCAGCUCGGUGCGCCCCGUCCGCGCGACAUGAGCAAGAAGUGCGCGGGCGCGUACGAGGAGACGAUUGCGCUCUUUCCACUCGUGUCUGUGCAUCUACUGACAUUUGACGGGGACAUCGCGGCGUACCUCUCCCACGCGCAUACCCGCGCCGCCCUGGGCGUGGACCCGCGCGCCCCCCCUCCCUUCUCCGAAUGCGCGCCCUCCGUUAUAUCCGCGUUCGCCGCCGCGCACGACGCGCUGUACCCGCCGACCGCCGCGCUGCUGGACCGCGGCGUCCGCGUGCUCGUGUACGCCGGCGCGAACGACAUUGUGUGCAACUGCGUCGGGAACGCGCGGUGGGUAAGUGAAUUAGACGGCCGGGGGCGGGGAGUGGAGGGCGGGGGCGUGGAGGGAGUGGGUGGUUCAUGGGAGGGUGGCGGGACGGACGAGGGGCGAGAGCAAGGGGGGGCUGGUGUUCGCGACUGUGGCGGGGGCGGGGCAUAUGCGCCGUGCGAUAAGCCCGCGGAGUGGAUGGCAGGCGAGGUGUAG